AUGACAACUCCGCUUUCCCCUGAAAGCUUCCAUGGAUCCAUCAACCAGAUCAUAAUGUCGCGUAAAAACGCCCUUCCCAACCUUCCUGAGCUGCCUGGUGACACUGUUGCGAUGAGGCCCGUUGAACUUGAGGGCUCACCAGCCUAUGGCCUGUCUGCCUCUUCAGGUGGCUACGACUCUUCGGAGUAUGAGUCUAGCAUGUCAAAUGUCGCUCCCACCGGCCCUUGUAACAAAACACACGCUAUGAAGUGUACCAAGGCUUGCUGUAAGGGGAAGGCUAAGGCCAGAUGCAAAGACCUCCGUGUCAAGAUUAUCACGCCCAGCCAAGCUGAGUUCCCGAGUUCUGAGGGUGCGAAGUCGUCUGGUGACGAGUCCACAGCGAGCACUUGGUCAUCAAACUUGAAGAACAAAAACCGCAAAGCCAAAGGCAAGGGUAAAGCUUCUCGAGCCCAUUACUCAACCGAAAACGAGUCUUCAGGCCAGACAGACGAAGCCUCUACCGACCUCAACACGGCUAUCAAGUACUCUAACCCUGUUGUCGAGGACCCCAACUGGUCGGUCUCUGAGGACUACCGUCUCCGAAGCAUGAAGGAGGCUGGUGAGACUUGGCGGUUCAUCUCAACUUCCCUGUGCAAGACGCAAAAUGAUGUCAGGGCUCGUUGGAAAGUCCUCGAGCGUCAGGCCAUUGCUUCCGAUGCUACCACGGAGCCCGAGACCGACGGUGCGACGACUGAGGGAGAGACCUCUGAGCUAGUCGACGAUCACGAAACUACAUCCAACAAUAACACCAGUGACCAAGUUGAUGAGCCAGAAGAGACCAGCGAGAAUGGCUCCGAGGUCGAGGAUGGUGAUGAGAGCUCGGGCAGCGACAGUACCGAGGAACAAGAUGACACCGACGAAGACGAAGAAUCCAUCGUGAAGCCAAAGGGCAAGCCUGUCGGAAAUACCUUCACUCGAAACAAGUGGCACAAAGGUCUACGUAACAGCAAGGUUGCUAACGAGAACAAAUGGGCCAAGGCUCGCGCCAAGGCCAAGACAGAAGAAGAGUGCGACUCUCCCAGUGAGACAGGCAAGGGAACAUCUGACAACGCAUCUGAGGCGUCAUCUUGUCUCGAAUACGGUGAUCCUGAAAAACAUCACCAAAUGCGAUACCUGCAGGAUCACAUCUACAAGGAGAUGUAUCCAGCUGAAAUCCAUCCACAGCCGGAUGCGUACCUUAACCAACGGGAUUGUGACCUUCUGGCCACCAUUGACAGCAAGUACAAGAGAUCUCGCUGGUUAGAGAUGCAGGCCAACUUUUACAACGUGACAGGCCGGAUGGUUCCCCUCGAGGCAAUCCGCGACAGAUGUGAACGCGCGGAGGCAGAAGAAGAUCGCUCCGCAGCUCGCAAGCUGGAGCGACGCAUCAAGCGGGUCGAGACCUGGAUCGAUGGUCAGGGCCAAGGAAACUCGGACGAGUGA